AUGGCGCACGCUCCUGAGAGGUACGCAGCCAAACACCAACAUUCACCUGCGCGCAUAUGCUGAUACACAAAAGUAGCACACUCGAUCCAUCGACGCCUCCUCCAUCCGCGGCAGUCAGAGUCUUCAAGAUCACCGAGCUUCUCGAAGGAAUACUGCUAGAGCUCCCCAUGCACCGCCUCUUCAUCGUCCAGCAAACCUGCAAAGUCUUCCACGACACGAUUCGCGAUUCGACCAGACUGCAACGUCACAUGUUUCUCACAGCCGAGCCAGCGCCGCCGAAUCCCGAAACCUGCGCAAGAGUCUUCAACCCGGUCCUGAUGGGUACACUCUUCUCUCCAGACGUCUCCACAAAAGCGUCGAUGAUCUCCAAGCAUGGCUUCUUCCUCCUGAGAAAUCCACGCUCGACGAACUUCGCCUUCACGAUCUACUCCGAAGCGUCUCAGCGUGAUCUUUCUCUAUGGCAGCGAAAGGGCGACAAACCACAGCUUCCGCUGUACGACGACAUCACCGAGCCUUGGAGGCGCAUGGUGCCCGUGCAGCCCGCCAUAACCGCCCUCACUGUGGGAUUGGCACAUCGCUUCUCGGGGGCCACUUUUUCUCAGUCUCCAUACGACUACUCGUCCCUGUACGAUCUUGAGAUCUUGAGGGAGGAGAGCCUCGGUAGAGAGAUUACUCUAGGAGAUGUGUAUGACUUGGCAGAGGGCUUGUACAAGAAGUACUGCAUUAUAAAAUAUGGAAAGGGUGGCAAGUUUUAG